CUUUUUCUCUCCUUCGCUUGACCAUCUCCAGACUAAUUAUACAUCUUCUUCACUAAUAUUCAUUUCUCAAUUUGUUUCUUUAAUUCCACUUGCUAUAUCUUUUCAGUUUGUAAUGGACUCCACUUUGGUUAACACUUCCCUUCACCUCAACAUCAAUCCUUUCUUCAAGAAUGUCCAAGAAUCUAUUCCGAAGAAAGAAUCGGAACAAGGAAAAUUUGUUGAUGGGUUUGAAACGAAACUAAAUGUUAAGGAAGAGACAACUAGCUUUUUGGUUGAAGAGUUGACGAGGAUAAGCACCGAGAACAAGAAGCUAACAGAAAUGCUUACUGUUCUCUGCGAAAAUUACAACGCUUUGCAAAAUCAUUUGGUUGAUUUGAUGAGCAACAACUCUCAGAAAGAGCUCGCUUCAUCUAAGAAGAGAAAGGCUGAGAGCCAAGAUUAUAUUAAUAUGAUUGGAAUCAAUAAUGGAACUACAGAAAGCAGCUCUAGUGAUGAAUUAGAUUCAACAACAAAGCCAAAGGAAAGCAUCCAAACAAAGAUUUCAAGAGUUCUUUUUCGGACUGAUCCAUCAGAUUCCAGCCUUGUAUGUGUGAUUCAUUUUUCAGCAAUUCGCAUUAAUUCUUUUUCUUCUUAUUUGCCAGUAUUAAUAAGAUUAAACUUGGGCUGCCUUACGCAUCAGGUUGUGAAGGAUGGAUAUCAAUGGAGGAAAUAUGGCCAAAAGGUUACAAGAGAUAACCCUUCUCCUAGAGCUUACUUCAAGUGCUCAUUUGCUCCAAGCUGCCCUGUCAAGAAGAAGGUCCAAAAAAGUGCAGAAGAUCCUUCAAUUUUGGUGGCAACUUAUGAAGGAGAGCACAACCACUUGCACCUUUCAAAGCCACAAUUUUCUUUAGGCUCGAGCCAACACAGUUCAAGUAUAGCAGGUCCAGUUCCCACUGCGAGCCCUGCUACUACUGUAAUUCUUGACCUGAUGAAACCUGGAAUGCUGCAGGAGAAUGCUAAAAAGGCAGUAAAAGAAACUGAAGCUCAAGAUGUUGGGCAGAUUUUAGUCCAACAAAUGGCUUCUUCCUUGACAAGAGAUCCGAAUUUUACAGCAGCACUUGCAGCUGCUUUCUCAGGAAGAUCAUUGAUCAACCAGACCCGGAUAGAGAAAUGGUUAAAUUAGAAGUAGUAUCAUGAAGAGUGCGAGAUUAUUCUGUUCUUUUUGUGUUAAAUUAAUUAGAGAUGAUUGAUGUAUAUAGAAGUUUUUUUUAAAAAAAAAAAAAGUUUGUAGACGAUGUUUAUUUGAUUCAUUUGCAAUGAAGAAAGAAACGCAAUUAGGUCCUUAAAGAUUU